UCUCUUCACUUUCCCGCCAAACGAGUGCCAGAAUCUCAAUCGCUUCUCUGCAACCAUUCUCCUGCCCACCUUCACCCAUCAAUGGACGCCAACAUGUACAUUCCCCUCCCAGAAGAGCUGGAAUGGCUGGAAGCCAAUUCUCACCUCCACCAAGACCUCGAAGACUACGAAGACCAAGAACCCCCAGAACCCUACCCUGAAGAAGAAGAAGAACAGCUCCCUGAACCUCCUUCACCACUCUCACAACCUCAAGUCAAUGGCCAGAAACGCCCCCUAUCCGACGGACCAGAUGCCCCCGAUUCUGGAAAGCGUAGCAAAGCUGAUCUGUCUGAGACCGGAGCUGAGGAAGAUUGGCUGCGGUACUCGCUGCCGCAGGACAGUGACGGCGAUUUGGAGCCUAUGGUUGUUGAUGAGGAGAGAAUCGUUUCGCGAUACGCGUCAGAGAUUGACGGUGAUUGUAUUCCGGUGACUGGACCAGGUGGCGACAGGGUUUACUUGAAGAUUAGCGCGACUGGGAGCGACGGGAGGUUGAAGAAACUUGAUUUAGAGGGACGCACCAAGGGUCUUAUUUUGGAACCCAUUAGUGUUCUAAUGCAAAGAGUGGAACAAGAUGCUUUCACAAAGGCUUUGCAAGCAAGUUCUGAAUUGCAGAAUGAUGCAAUCCUCCCUGAAACACAAGUGGUCAAUGAACAGCUUUGGGUGGAUAAAUAUGCUCCAAGUUCAUUUAUAGAGCUUCUCAGUGAUGAACAGACAAAUCGUGAGGUCCUCUUGUGGUUGAAACAGUGGGAUUCCUGUGUUUUUGGAUCUGAAAUUAGGAGCACGACGGAGGAGGUCUUGUCUGCUUUGAGACGACAUUCUUCCAUUGCUCAACAUCAAAGGCCCUCUGGUAUGAGCUUUCUUAGGAAGAAUAAAGGACAGCGAUUGAGUGAUGGAAACUCCAGAUACUCUAAUAAUUUGGAUCAAGAAAAUGGGAAUUUGAAAGGCCUUCAGGAGUUGUGGAAUAAAAAGUCAAGGGAUACUGGUCCUCCAGAACAAAAGAUCCUCUUGCUUUGUGGUCCCCCAGGACUUGGGAAGACAACACUUGCACAUGUGGCUGCUAAGCAUUGUGGAUACCGUGUGGUGGAGAUAAAUGCUAGUGAUGAUCGGUCAUCUUCAACAAUUGAAGCUAAAAUCCUUGAUGUGGUCCAGAUGAACUCUGUCAUGGCAGAUUCGAAGCCCAAUUGUUUGGUGAUUGAUGAAAUAGAUGGAGCUCUUGGUGAUGGCAAGGGUGCUGUGGAGGUUAUUCUAAAAAUGGUUUCUACUGAAAGGAAAGCUGAUAAUAGGAAGGGAAAUGUUGCUAAAGUAGAUGAGUCAGGACAGAUAUCCUCAAAAAAGGGGCAUAAAACUGCAUCAUUGUCAAGACCUGUGAUUUGCAUAUGUAAUGAUCUAUAUGCACCUGCCCUGAGGCCUUUGCGUCAGGUAGCAAAGGUUCACAUUUUUGUUCAAGCCGACAGUGAGUCGUGUGUAAGCAGGUAA